AUAUAAUCCAACCCCAGAAGGCCAACCCAAGAUCAUCAUCCAUAGCAGAGAUUGAAGAAGACUGAUCAGUUAACCCAGAAGAGUCAAGAGGAGAUUAUGGCUGGUGAGGAAGAAGCAGUGAGCAACAAACAAGUGAUAUUCAAGGAUUACGUGAGUGGUUUUCCUAAAGAAUCAGACAUGUUCUUAACUACAACUUCCAUCAAUCUCAAAGUACCAGAAGGCAGCAAAGCUGUUUUGGUGAAAAAUCUCUACUUGUCCUGUGAUCCUUACAUGCGAGGUCGCAUGUCAAAUCUCCCACCUGAAGAUCCCAACUUCUCUUCCUUUCAGCCUGGUUCUCCGAUACAAGGAUUUGCAGUGGCUAAGGUGGUGGAUUCUGGGCACCCAGACUUCAAGAAAGGGGAAUUGGUAUGGGGAGUAAUGGGGUGGGAAGAGUACAGUCUUGUAACAGCUCCUGAUCAGAGACUCUUUAAAAUCUACCAUACUGACGUCCCCCUCUCCUACUACACCGGACUUCUUGGCAUGCCUGGCAUCACUGCAUACUUUGGAUUAACAGAUAUUUGUUCUCCCAAGGAAGGAGAACGUGUGUAUGUUUCAGCAGCAUCUGGUGCUGUUGGCCAGCUUGUUGGGCAGUUUGCUAAGUUGAUGGGUUGCUAUGUUGUUGGAAGUGCUGGAAGUCAAGAAAAGGUUGAACUAUUGAAGGACAAGUUUGGCUUUGAUGAAGCUUUCAAUUAUAAAGAGGAGCAUGACUGGAAUGCAGCUUUGAAAAGGUAUUUCCCUGAAGGCAUAGACAUUUACUAUGAAAACGUUGGAGGUAAAAUGCUCGACGCAGUGCUUCUGAACAUGAGACCCCACGGCCGCAUUGCGGCUUGUGGAAUGAUCUCUCAAUACAAUCUGCAGCAGCCUGAAGGAGUGCACAAUUUGACGAGCAUUAUUUAUAAAAGGGUGAAGAUUGAAGGAUUUGUGUCUUUUGAUUACUUCAGCCAGUACUCAAAGUUCUUGGACUUUGUUGUGCCUUCCAUUAGAGAAGGGAAGAUUACUUAUGUGGAAGACAUUGCUCAAGGCAUUGAGAAUGCUCCUGCUGCUCUUGUAGGCCUUUUCAGUGGCCGCAAUGUUGGGAAACAAGUUGUGGCAAUUGCUCAUGAGUGAUUUGCUUUCUUUUUUAAGAUCAUCAAGCUGCAGAUUUUAUGACCCAUAUCUUAUAUGGGUUAGUCACUUAUUUUGAAAUUUGUAUGUCUUUACAUUUGUCUGCAGUUUACGCUUUGUUUGGAUAAGAGAUGUGGGAGGAGAAUAAUAAUAAAUUUUAUUUUUCUUCGUCA